AAACCUCUCAGUGAAUAGUGCCUGGAUUGUAUCACGUGGAACUAUAAUUCAGUGAACUUCAGUCGUGUUUUCAAAUAUAUACUGCUUAUAGUUUCAGUAUUCAGAAGGAAAUAAGCAUUCAUAUUUCACAGUAAAUACUGGGGCUUCAUGUUUGGUACAAAACUUUGAUGCAUAACCAAGGGAACCUUUUUCUGGCUUUGCAUCCCACAGCAAGUAAAAUGAACUCAUUUUGGUAGAUUUAAAGGACUGCAGUAUAAGAUAUUAAACAUAAAAAUUUUGGACAUAACCAGUUGCUAAAGGAUGUAGCAACAAGAACAAGUUCUGGCCAUGUUCCUUCAGGUCUUCAUCCAUCUGGAGGGGAUGUGCUGCUUGUGGGCUGUAGCCUGACCUGUGGUUUAGGGGAAUUCCCUUUCUGGUUGUUCUCAGAUGCCAGAACUUCUUUGUGGGAGCCAAAUCAGCACCCAAGUAAGUUUUGAAUAAGGUAGCAAAAAUUUCCAUUUUUAUCAGAAACUUAUCUUUAACCAAGAUGUUGCAGAUCUGCACGAGAACAGCAGUAGCAAAGAGAAGCUUCUCAGCCAACAGAAUUUGUUAAAUUUCAUUUUUUAAUCUGGACUUCAGAUUUAGCGAACAGCUAAAUUUGUAGUUCCUCUGGAGGAGGGAGGAGGAAAAACAAACAACAGGUAUUUGACUCAAAAGGUGUUUAACCUUUGCUAAAUUUAGCAAGGCUAUGAGCAACUCUAAGAGUUGUGCAAUGGUUAAUUACUACAUCCACACUUAAUGCUUUGGAAUGCCCAUUCACUGUGUGACUUAAAGCACUCAAAAGUCAUAAAACAUGGUUGUGUGGGUGAUAAUUUGAUGGUCUAGUAGCAAAAUGUUUAUUCAUGCUGAGAUUGCAUCUUCAUUCCAUUAGUAACAAGCCACGUGUCUAUUCAGGGAAGAAAACCUGUUAUUUAAUAUCAUUUAAAGAGUGUUGGUAGCUUAGCUUCAUAUAUUGCUGAUUCCAGUCACUGAUGGAACUCUGAGUAGACUGAGUGAAGAUUUGUAACAACUGCUGAAAUAAAUUUCUUGGUGGUUGAGAUAAUUUGUCAGGAGGUUAAACAGUGGUGAAGCUGGUCAUGUGAACAGCUCUUAAUUAAUUGGGUAGGUUGUUCUUUCCCACUUCUCAAAGAAUGCACAUGCUUUCUUUUCAUGCAGGUGUGGCUUUGGUGUCAGACACCUCCUCAGCCAGACAGGUCAGGUUUUAUAAGUUGGGAAAAAGGCCAGGGAAGUUUUUGAUAGGAUACUGUGUAUUUUGGCAGCUGUUUCUGCAGUAUUGGGGAUUGGGAGGGGUGGAUUUUUUUUUUCCCCAUAAUGAGGAUACUUUGGAAAAUUUUCAGAUCAGAAAAAGCAUUCUGUGAGAGUUGCCAUGGAAGUUUGUUCAGUAAAAAACUAGAUAAUGUGCUCUGUUUGUUCUUGAAACACGCAUUGGAAAAUCCUUCAGACUGGUUGGGAAGAGAGAAGGUCUGGCUGAACAUCUGAUUAGUGGGACAGUUGAGAAAGGGCCUCAGCCUGCUGUGAAAUGAAGUGGCACUUGAAACAAAGAUUGUUACUGAGAAUUGAGUGAAUCACAGAAUUCAGUCCAGAAUGUCUUGGAGCCCUGUGCUGUGCGUGAGCCCUUCCAGGAAACUGCGGUUUGAACACAUCGGAUCGUUACAGCCCCUGAAACUUCCACGAUGAAGAGAGCUGGGCAGAGAGUUGGGGUUGGAACUGAAGCUCCUCACACAUCACAGACAAGCAAAAAACAGAAAACUAGUUCAUAUGGCUCAGUGUUUGGUGACUCUGCCCUGUGCAACUCGAUGGACUGGAGCAGCCUCCCCCACCACGUGAUCCUGCGUGUUUUCCAGUUCCUCACUCUGGUGGAUCGAGCCAGGGCGUCUUCUGUUUGCCGAAGGUGGAAUGAGGUUUUUCACAUCCCAGAUCUCUGGAGGAGAUUUGAAUUUGAACUCAGCCAGCCAGCCACUUCUUACUUAAAGUCUACCCACCCAGACCUCAUUCAGCAGAUUAUCAAGAGGCACGCUGAUCACCUGCAGUACGUCAGCUUCAAGGUUGAUAGUAGUACUGAGUCAGCAGAAGCAGCUUGUGACAUCCUUUCUCAGCUGGUGAAUUGUUCAAUCAAGACACUGGGUUUAAUCUCUACAGCAAAGCCAAGCUUCAUGAAUGUCUCUAAGGCUCAUUUUGCUUCAGCACUGACAGUAGUUUUUGUAAACUCCAAGUCAUUAUCAUCAAUCAAGAUAGAUGACACACCAGUUGAUGAUCCUUCCCUGAAGGUUCUUGUUGCUAACAACAGUGACACUCUGAAACUCCUAAAAAUGAGCAGCUGUCCUCACGUUUCACCUGCUGGCAUUCUUUGUGUCGCUGAUCAGUGCCACGGACUUAAGGAGCUGGCUUUGAACUACUACAUCUUAAGCGAUGAGCUUCUACUGGCUCUGUCGAGCGAGAAGCACGUCGACCUCGAGCACCUUCGCAUCGACGUCGUGAGCGAGAACCCCGGGCAGGCGGAAUUCCACACCAUCAAAAAGCAAAGCUGGGACGCUCUGGUCAAGCACUCCCCCAAAGUCAACAUCGUGAUGUACUUCUUCCUGUAUGAGGACGAGUUCGAUGUGUUCUUCCGGGAGGAGACGCCGGUCACACACCUGUACUUCGGGCGCGCCGUCAGCAAAGCGCUGCUGGGCCGCAUCGGCAUCAACUGCCCGCGGCUCAUCGAGCUGGUCGUGUGCGCCAACGGGCUGCAGCCCCUGGAUGCUGAGCUCAUCCAGAUCGCCCAGCGCUGCAAGAACCUCACGGCCAUGGGCCUGGGGGAGUGCGAGGUGACCUGCAGGGGCUUCGUGGAGUUUGUGAAGAUGUGUGGGGGCAGGCUGACCCAGCUGUCCAUCAUGGAGGAGGUGCUGAUCCCAGACAGCGAUUACAGCUUGGAUCGGCUGCAUUUGGAGGUCUCCAAGCACCUCGGCAGAAUGUGGUUUCCUGAUAUGAUGCCAACGUGGUAAAUUCUCUCUCCGUUUGUGGAUAAAGGGGUGAAAUCAGGGUGUUGCUUUCUAUGCAAAUAAGGAAUUUCAAAAGGAAAUGUGAAAACUUACUUCCAGAUUUGAGUUUUUCUACCUUGAGAACCUCUGGUAGACUAACAGCAAAACACUCUAGAAUAUAAAUUGUAUACUGAAAUAGAAGAUAGAUUAAAGUGUACUUAACAGUUCUGUGGUUUACAGGUGCUUCAAACUUCAGUGAACUUGGGCUUCUCUGAACUUCAGUUUAAAUGUUCUGUUCACUUUAAAGUGGUUUGGGGUUUUUUCUCAUGUCUUUGUUUAAUCUUUCUGAUGUAGUCAGAAGAGGAAUAGGGUAACUUUUUCCUUUAGGAAAUCAAUCUUUAUGGAAAGCUGUAUACAACUUGGAGUACAGUAUUAUUUGUCAUGAUGUUUUAUAUAGCUUUUUUUUAUAAAUAUCCUUGUUUUAAUUGUAAAAGCUUGUACAUUAAAAUACACUAGCCCAGGUUAAUCAGAUGUAAUCUAGUUUAAACUCACGGUAUUAUAUUAAAAUUUUAAUAAGCUGAAACUGUAAAGUUUUUUUGUAAGCAUUAAAUUGCACUUUAAAUAAUUCUGUCACAGUAGUGAAGCUGUUGAGACUGCAUUGUACAGUAUGUUGGUUUUGUCCUAUGCAUUAAAAGGGUAGGAAAGAGACUUUGUUAAAAUUAAUGAAUGUAGAAGUUUGUAGCUGGAUUGACUGCUUGAGUGAGUAAUAAGGCACUUUGGAAACUGUUGGGAUAUAAGGAAUAGCUUUGGAUUUGGAUUUGGUCUUUCAGACUGUCUGAAAUGCUGUUCCAUGCUUUCAUAAUUGAGACGUAAGAAGGAUUUCAUGAAUGUGGCUGGUGAGAAGGAAGGAACAAAUGGAAUACAGUUGUCUUUGAUCCCUCUCUGUGUGGAAGCCAGGAUUUAGAGCACUUAAAUUACUUGUCACUGACAGACCAGGAUGGCCUGUAGUGAUCUUGGCUGUGCUGUAAGCCCUGAUUUCUAGAGAAAGGAUUGCUGGAAGUGAUCCUGAAAUAUUUAAUUCAGGACUGUUUAAUACUUCUUGCUACUAAUUGUUUUUUAAGAAAGAAGAUUUUAAUAUAUUUAUUUUCUUAAAAGGGGAGAGGCACGGUGAGUUGAUGUAAAUUAGAGUCUGUAUUUUUGUGUUGACAUUUUGCUCACUGUAAACUAAAACUCAUUGUAUAUAAAUUUUGCUGUAAUCACUUUCA